AUGGAAUACGAAUAUUAUCAUCAACAAUUUCUUAUCGCGAAACCAUGCCUCGCUACGCAAAUUCCUCCCGAGAUUUUCAUAAGCAUUUGUAAGGAUUUACCACCUACUGAUCUCCUCUCCCUCGCUCGUGUAUGUAAAAAGUUUUACGGAUACCUUUGCUCAACGAAUUCGUUGACCACCCAAGAAAUUUGGAGGAAUUCUCGUAUGACAUUCUUACCUUUUGUACAAUUACCACCACCUGAAGGUAUGACCGAACUUCAAUAUGUGAAGCUGGUUUCUGAGCGUGGGUGUCAAUUUUGUGGAAAGUCAAGGAUUAGAAAAAUUUAUUGGCCCUUUCUCGUACGGAGUUGCAAGAAAUGUCUUGAGGAACGAACGAUAAGGAUGGAUCAAGUUAGGAAUCAAAUAUUUUCUCAAGAUUCAACAGUCCCCGAUGACAUCCUUUGCGGGUUGACAUUUACUACCGGACUUUAUAAAUCCGGAUGUGAUAAAAGUCCGAAAAUUCAACCUUCAAGCUUGUAUUGGAUCCAAGACGUUCAUGAGGUUUAUAACGAAUUUAAUAAAUUAAAUGUUAAAGAACGUAAAGAGUGGAUUGAACAAAAUCGGGAAAAGGGACGUCGUAAGAUGGAACAAAAUUUAAUAAGGGGAGAAAAAAAUGAAUACGGAUUUCCAAGAUUUAAAAUGUCGGUGGUUGAAAAAUGCAUGACCUAUAAUAAAGCUAUCGUCUCACCUUCUACAAACCCUUUCACCAAACGAGCUUGGAUUGGUUUUCGUAAUAAAUUAAUUCCAGAAUAUAUGCAAAUAGCCGCAAUGUUAAGAUCAAAAAGGCAAGAGAUAGAAAGACGUAUGGAGGUUGACGUCGCUAUACAGACGCGACAGAUGGAUAUCGUUAAAAUGAUCUUCACCUUAUUGCGACCAGAGAUGGAACGUCAACAAGAAAAUCACGUUCAAUCUGUAGCAAAUAAUAACAUGGAAAAAAGUUCAAACUCGUCUUCAAAUUACAAUUCAAUUGUCAGGAUGAAUUCCAUCUUUGAAAGUUCCAUGAUAAAAUUCUUACCCUGGUGUCCAUCAUUUCGUAAUCCUCCUUUUACGAAUCAAGAUCCACGUAACCUUUGGGACGAUGAUUUCCUCAUGAGCACCCUAAUCCCUCAACUCCGUGAAGAAGUCGAAUGUCUAAAGAACAAUCCAGCACCUCUCACGACAUUAUGCGGAGCUUUUCUUCAUGGCGGCCUGAAUAAUAAACGAAUUUAUAAAUGCAAAUUAUGUAGCCGUCAUAGUAAUAAAACACCAUUUUAUUCCUUCUUUGAAGUUAGAUUACAUUUAACGAGAAGUAAUCAUAAAGUGAGAAUGAUUGACGAUGAAAUGAUCCAAGUUUUUCCCUUUUUGGAUAAUGCGAGUACCUCUCAAAUAAUUCCAAGGAAUAAAACCGAUUUAUUCUUUGCGGCCGGUUUUAAUUGCAACUUGAUUUGUAAAUUGUUAUAUUAA